AUGCCAUUUAUUAAUGAAUAUGGUGACAAAUAUUAUUGGAAGGAACAAUUAGAUUUUGAACAUGAACAAUAUACGGUAUUUUCUCAUAAUCGUUCGAAUUUACAAUCUUGGUUAGAUGAUAAAAAAAAUACGUUUGAUUCUUUAAUGAAAUAUGCUAAAAAUAAACAAGAAGUGAAAGAAUUUAAAGAAUGGAAAUCCGUAUGCUUUAGUCGACUUACCACCAACUUUAUCCCGCCAGCUCUUUAUAAAGCUGUCACUGUGGACGAGGGUAGUUGUUCAUAG